AUGGCCGCCACCCGGGCCGCGACGCUCGUCGGCGGCGACGGCAUCGCCGGCGGAGACGUCUGCCUCGUGAUCAUCGACCCGCAGAACGACUUCCACGACGGCGGGUCGCUGGCCGUGCCCGGCGCCGACGACGACACGAAGCGCACGGCGGCGUUCCUGGAGAAGCACGCGGACCGGAUCGACACGGUGUUGGUGACGCUCGACAGCCACCAGACGCGCCACAUCGCGAACCCGAGCUUCUGGGAGAAGCCCGACGACGCCGCCGCGCGGCCGCUGCCGUUCACGGUCAUCGGGAGCAAGGCCCUGGCGGACGGCGCCUGGCGCGCGCGGGACCCGGCGCUCCGCGACUGGGCGAAGUCGUACGUCGCGGCGCUCGAGGCGGGCGGCCGCUUCGCGCUCGUCGUCUGGCCCGAGCACUGCAUCCUGGGCACGGAGGGCCACGCCGUGCGGUCGCCCCUCAAGGAGGCGCUCGCGGCCUGGAGCCGGUCGCGGAACAAGGACGUCGCCUACCUGCUCAAGGGCAUGAACAACAAGACGGAGAUGUACUCGUGCUUCAAGGCCGAGGUCGAGCUCGACGACGACGCGACGACGAAGCUCAACGCGCCGCUCAUCGCGUCGCUCGCGGCCCACAAGGCCGUCGUCUGCUGCGGCCAGGCGAAGAGCCACUGCGUCAACUACAGCGUCCGCGACAUGGUCGCGGCGUGGCCCGCGGGCACGCCCCUGUCCAACCUCGUGCUCCUCAAGGACGCGACGAGCCCCGUCGUCUCCUUCGAGAAGGCCGCGGCGGACUUCGAGGCGGAGAUGGCCGCCGCGGGCGUCACGGUCACGUCCACGGACGCGUUCUGA